ACAAGAAAAUUAUUCAAAAAUUCGAAGAGUGACAUCUGACGUUCGAAGUUGGUAAACCUUCUUUUCCUGCUCUUGCUCUUUUCGUAUUGUCCUCCAGUAAGGAGUGUAGUGUUUUAUUAAAUUUUGGAUAAUUUAUCCAGUUUUUUCAAUAAAAAUGAAGGGAUUCCAACGAUUUGUGGAGACUGGCAGAGUUGCUUAUGUUAACAAUGGACCACAGAAGGGAAAAUUGGUCUCCAUUGUUGACAUCAUCGAUCAAAACAGAGUUUUGAUCGAUGGACCGGCUCAUAAAAUCCAUAGAGGACAAAUGCGACUUUCAGAUUUGCAUUUGACGAAAUUGAAAAUAAAUAUGCCACGCACAGGAAGUACACGAGUUGUCCGAAAAGCAUGGACAUCCGCUAAAGUUGAUGAGAAAUGGGCUUCAACGAUGUGGGCUAAAAAAGUUGAGGCAAAAAAGAAGAGAGCCGCGUUGAGCGAUUUUGACCGCUUCAAACUACGAAAGGCGAAGCAAAUUCGCAACAAAUUGAGAACAUCCGCGUUCUUCAGACUUAAAAGAUUAGCAAAGCCAAGCAAACAACAACAACAAGAGAAAAAGAAGUAAAUUUGCUUGAUUGUUUUUUUUAAGGUAAAAUAAACUAUUGCUAAAUAAUUUAA